UACAUAUAUAUCAUGCUCUCGAUUUUUCCAGAUAAUUAAUCAAUUUUUCUGCUCCAUUUCCUCUAAAUUAGAUAUAGCGGAUGUGCUCUCCAUUUAGCACCCGAGUUCGAAUCUCCCUUCACGUUGUUUGCUUUAGAUCGUUUGUAUAAUCCUUUGCAUAAAACCCUAGCCCUUUAUUCCUAUGCGAGUCCCAAAGGAAGGGUAGGAGGAAGAAGCCUCACACCCCUCCUUCCCCUCUUCUUUGAUUCCAUAGUACGACAACAUCCAGUUGUUUCUUGGAGUGGACCCGUUUGCUUUGUUUGAACGCAGUCGGAGUCGGAUCCCUACUCCAACUGAAUGAAUGAAUCAAAUCAAAUCAAAACGAUUGCUCUGCUCUAUCUCAUCAGAGAGAGAGACGAGGGAGGGAGGAGAGAGGGAGAGACACACAGAGUGUAGAGUGUUUGGUGCUCAUACUCUUAUAAAACGAUGCCGUGUUUGGACCUCAAUUCUCUAGAGACUGAGACGAAGACAGAGGCAGAGAGAGAGAUAGAAUGGCGCUUCCCAUGGAAAUCGGCAUAGCGAUCGCUGUGUUUUUUAUGACGGUGGCGAUGGAAUCGGAUGGUCGAGAGAGCUGAGGCCGUCGGAUCACGGUCUCCUGCAGCGCGCGCGAAGUCAGGGAUGGAAGUGAAGUCAUUCUUCGUCGGGGCACGUGGCGGCGGGGGUAGAGAUCACGUGAGGAACGUGUUGUUGCUGGCCAGCUUAGUUUGUGGGAUUACAGGUGUCGCUCUGUUUGUGGCGUCUGCCUUUGUGUAUAUCUGUUUUUGUCUUUUUCCCAUUCUUUCUAGGAUUCGCUCUGUUUUGGACUUUUGGUUUUCCCGUUCAAACAAGAAAAGAAAAGCAACAAUUUCCCAGUCCUAGACUUGAAAGAAUUCAAACUCCGUUUAACAAAAGGAAAACAUUGUUUCGAGAAGAAGUCGGUUUCCACAUUUUACAUGGAUUUAAAACCUAUAUAUAUAUAAUCAUCCCACUACUCUUGGUUCUCCAUGCUUCAAUACAUAUUUGUAAAUGGAAAUCUAUCACGAGAGCGAUCAAGGAUUCGUCUGUGAUAUCAAGCCCCUAAUCACCACAGAAUUAGUAGACCACCACCCUGAUCAUGAUCAUGAUCAUCAAAAUGAGAAAUCUUCAUCUCCACAUGAUAGGGCUAAACUUGAAAUCAACUUCACCCUCUUCGUAUACAACAAGUACUACGUCAACCUCUCCGAUGAAGACGAAACCCAAAGCAUCGCUAUCUGCGAGCAUGAAGAGCCUGCUAUAACAGCAACACAUACAAUUGAUGAUGUGCGCUCGUUAGACACUGAACUCGACGUCGUCAAGCUUUUUCUCUCCGAGCAACUGUACCAACUGAAAAUCGACGACGACGAGUGGCACGAUUCAGUCGUGGAGGAUAUUAUAAAGCGUGGUCAUGAAAUUGUCAAGUCGGAUUCAAAAAAGGGGCCCAAAAUUCUGCGUUUGAGGGUUGACAUGAGUAUAACCCAUGUCUUGGAGCUGUGUGAUAUAUGUUCGGAUAAAACAGUGCUCGAGAGGGAUGCAUUGCUCAAGAAGAUGCUAAAGAGGACAAGAGUGGUGGCUAAUGAUGAACAACAUGACGAGAAUGAGGAGGAGGAGGAGGAGGAGGGAGGUCGAGAAAGAAAACGACACCGUGUU